GGAGCUGGACCUCUUAAAUUAUCAUUAAGUUACUCGAGUGAAUUUUGUUCGGGCGUUUGCUAUGCUGCACCUUUGGUCUAUGGACCUACUUGCAAUGCAAACAUAGCGAUUCUUAGUGGUGAUCCGGAUUAUAAACAAUGCUAUUCGGUUGAACCAAUUAAUAAUAUAGGAACUCUUGUAUGCUGUGAUGGAAAGGGUUAUGAUGCCCAAAAUAACAUGAAUUGGUACGGACUUAGCUGUUAUUUGAGUAUAAAAAGUAGAAAUGGGUGGAAAUCAUCCAAAGUUGAUUGGGAUGAAGAAGUUGUGGUUAUAACUGGAGGCUCGAGAGGCCUUGGAAAUUUACUAGCAGAAACACUUGCAAUUAGGAAUGUUACUGUUGUUAUAUUAGAUAUUAGGUCUCCAGAAGUUGAAAAUGUUAAUAUAACUUAUUAUGAAUGUGAUGUGUCAAAACUUGAAGAUGUUCAAAGGGUAGCUAAGGAGAUCAUCGAUGAG